AGCAGCAGCAUCCUUACCAGCACACAGUGGAGCUAGCUAGCUAGUAGAGAGGUCAAUCACCAAUGGCGAGGCAGCUCGUUGUGCUUGCUCUGCUUUUCGUGAUCGCCGGUGUGGCGCAUGGCGCGGGGGAGUGCGGGAGAGCCUCCGCCGACAGGGUGGCGCUAAGGAUGGCGCCAUGCAUCUCGGCUGCCGACGACCCGCAGUCCACGCCGACCAGCAGCUGCUGCUCCGCUGUGCACACCAUCGGGCAGAGCCCCAGCUGCCUGUGCGCCGUCAUGCUGUCCGGCACCGCCAGGGCUGCCGGGAUCAAGCCGGAGGUCGCCAUUACCAUCCCCAAGCGCUGCAACAUGGCCGACCGCCCCGUCGGCUACAAGUGCGGAGAUUACACGCUGCCCUAGCUGAUGAAGACGUCGUCAACGAGACCGUGCGAGUGAACCAGUGCAUGAACGAAUGCCAUUAUGCCAUGCAACUAUGUUGCGUUGCGUUGUUGGAAUAAUAAUCGAAUCCGCUAGAAUAAAUAUGUACGUGCACGACGGCCUCUUGCUUGUAUCACUGGACUUUGCUUGUGUGUUAUACGUCAAAUAUGUUCCGUUUCUCU